GCCUGCAAACAACACUGGCUGGCUGGUUAACGAAAGUUCCCGAACUCCACCGGCAUUUCCCGGAACUGUGUGCGGCAAAUGUACAUGAGGAAACACAUGGCCAGGCACGCUGAUCAACUGCAUAAUAUAUAUCAAAAUAUUCUAUUAAACAUCUGGCUGCUUUACAUCCUAAUUGAAUAUAGUAUAUUUUAAUAGCCCGACGAGUUCUCAGUUCGUUCAUCAUGACGUUGAUGUGCUACAACAAAGGUUGCGGACAACGAUUUGACCCAGACGACAACGCUGGUGAUGCCUGCACCUUUCACCCUGGCGUGCCUGUUUUUCACGAUGCUCUUAAGGGCUGGUCCUGCUGCACGAGACGCACCACGGACUUCUCAGACUUCCUCAGCAUAGAGGGCUGCAGCAGAGGUAUCCAUAACAGAGAGAAGCCAGUGGAGCCGAUCCUGCCGGAGGUGACGAGCUCAGAGGGGAGGAGAGAGAAGGGGGAGGAGCUAAAGCCUCGCGGUGACCCCUAUAUCAUUCAGGCUCCUAAACCACUAGAGCUGAUACACAGACCCAGUGGUGAUGAGCCCCUGGUCAGACUUCAGCAGAAGGUGUUCUCCUCUCUGAGACAGGCUCUGGAGAAAGUCCAGCUGGCAGAGAGCAGCCAACCUCACAACACAGAGGAAGAGGGGGUGAAGAUUGGCACGUCCUGUAAGAAUGGAGGAUGCUCCAAGUCUUUCUCUGGUCCAGGGAGUAACGAGGAGAAGUGUAAACACCACCCUGGAGUCCCUAACUUCCACGAGGGGAUGAAGUUCUGGAGCUGCUGUAGGAGGAAGUCGUCUGACUUUAACUGUUUCCUGGCCCAGGAGGGCUGCACCAUAGGAAGUCACCUCUGGAGGAAACCAGACAAGGGGAUGAAGGUGGUACCAUGUCGGUUCGAUUGGCACCAGACAGGCGGCCAGGUCAUCAUCUCGAUCUAUGCCAAGAACUCUCUACCAGAGCUCAGCUAUGCAGAGGCCAACGGCACCACGGUGAUCAUCCGUGUGGUCUUUGAGGGAGAGAAGGAGUUUGAGCAGAAGAUCAACUUAUGGGGGGUGAUCGAUGUGACUAGCAGUGUGGUGAACAUGAUGUCUUCCAAGAUGGAGAUCUCUAUGGGGAAGGGGGAGCCAAUCACCUGGGCCCGUCUGGACCUGCCCUCUCCCACAGACACGCCCACUGAGGGGGGGAAUGGGAUUGGAAAGGCGUAGAACUAGACAGAAGGAAAUCAAUCACAUGGUACAUGCUCCUCCCAUAUGUUUUAGUGAACCUGUUGAAGAUCGGCUGAGAGCAGUAUUUAUUACUGACAUGCUACUCAGAAUGCGGAGGCUAAACUUCACUGAAACACUGUCUGAAGGCGAUAACCAUCAGGUCUUCCUACUGAAACACAGUAACCAUCAGGUCUUCUUACUACCUCCUCACUUGAAAAGAGAUGCAGGCAGCUAUCACCCUAGCAUCCCUCAUCAGGAUCUGUAUCUAAGGAGCAAUUUGGGACAGCCAGUCAGAAUGUAAACUGUUCUCAACCUCAACCACACACACACACACACACACACACACCAGAGGAGGACGGGCUCAUUGGAAUGGCUGGAAGGAAUUGAACAGAGUCGAAUGUGGUUUCCAUAUGUGUUUGAUACCUUUUCAUUCAUGCCACACACACACAGUCCUUCUGUUCUUUGUCAAUUGCAUUUGAGGAUAUUUGUGCCAUUUAUUAAUAUUAGUUGCCUUCCAGAAAAUGUAACCUGUCAAAUUAAGUUCUCUUACUUUAACAGUCUUUGUUUUGGGUUUUAAUUGUUUUUGCUCACUUCUGAGAUCUGUGAUUUAGUUUCACUCUUUACUUGCUGUAGUUUGUUUUCAUACAAGGCAAAUAAAGCUAUGUGCUCUCCCACAGACUUAAUAAACCUCUGAACCUACAUUGUAA